UCCUCAACUCAAUCUGUUACUACUUUAUUUCAGAAAGAACCUGAUUCUCUGAAUUACUUUUCUCUCUUGCUCUUCCUUGCCUUUUUAUUUCCGUGGACACCACUCAUUGCUGUGCUUGAUUUGGUUUUUGGAUGAAAGAAACGAAAGGCGGUGAAUUGAUCAAGUGAGAAGAAAUGGACAAAACCAUGGGUGUUUUCUCAACCGCCAAACGACACAUUAAUAAACAACAAUCUGCUUCUUCUCGGGGUUUGAAUGCGAGUCUCCAGUUUUCGGAGAAAUCAAAGAAGGAGAAGGUGAAAAGUUUGAGUGCCGUCGCCAAAGCAUUAUCAAUGGGUUGCCGUGUCUCUCACUCGCCAAAACCAGCCAACAAAUUUCAGCUUCCCAGAAAGUUUCUCAAGGAUUGCAAUGGCGUUGAUCAUGCCUCUGUUCCUCGGAAGAUACGUUCAGCUGUGAAGAAACGAGGACGCGAAUCCGUGUUUGGUGAUUCAGAAAAGGUGAACCAUAGGAUGAAUGGAAUGGAAUCUCCUCAAAAAGAGGGCAUAAAGAAAUCUAAAAAACAAAGAAGCCCGGGCUGGUCCACGAGGCAAGCUUUACCCGGGCCCAUUACGAAAGAUGAGGAAGAGGUUGUGGAGACUCUCUAUGCCUUGGCUGGAAUGUUCCCUGAUAAUGGCUCUAAUGCCAAGAGUGAACUAGACAGUGAAUCUUUUCCAGAAAACUCCACGGUUUUGCAGGACCAAGAGGAGAGUCAUUGUGCUAAUGUUACUAUUGAAGUCUCGGGAACUACUCAGGAUGCUGGACAAACAUCACCUACGGGGUGUAAAAGAACCAGUUCUUUACACGAAACAAUUGGUCAAGAACAGUCUGAUUUUCCUCAGAGUGCUAAGUUCUUGGUUGCUAGUCAAAGCACUGCUGGAAAAAUAAAUCUGCAAGCCGUGCAUAGGAUGGUGGUUAAGAGUGAAAAUGGCAGCAAAGUUGCAUCACACGACUCUGAAUUGUCUCUGGAAAUGGGAUUAAAUGUGCCCAUACAACCACAGAUUUCGCAUAUCGGGAGGAAAUCAGAUGUGGAAUUUCAGACGGCCGGAGGCAUUUAUUGUAAGAAAGAACAACAUUUAAUCAAGUACCAAAAAGAAACUGAAGGUCCAGCAUUGUGGCCAGGGUUGUCUUCGACUGCUUCUGCUGGGAUUAGUGCUUCUUAUUUGCAGUCUUCUGCUGCUAAAGCUCCAGAUUGGCUGAAUUCUGCUAUUGGUGCACCGAAACAGGAUUUGAUGGAAGGUUGUUUUUCUGGUGGAAAGAUUUCCGAUAUUGUUACUCAUAAAAAGGCAUGGAAGAAGUGUGCAGCUCAUGUUCACAUAAGUCAUCUUAUCCGUAGCUUAGAAGUGUCUAAAAGAAAGGUGGACAAAGAACACGAGCUUUAUGAAUCUCAUCAAAUGAGAGUACACCAUGGAACAAAAUGUGGAGUUCUAAUGGAAGCCCAAAACUUGAAUUGGACGAAAAGUGGAAAUAGUUCUGCUACCGGAGCAGUUCAUUCUGCUACUACGAGUGCUUCACGUGAAACUAAGAAUGGUAUUCUUCAUCAUGGCCUUUAUCAUGACAUAUCUCUGUCUCCUCAAAAGCAAAGUUUCAACUUCUUGUCCUUGUCAACUGGAGGUAGUGAAUUAAAGGUCAACGAAAGUCUUAAUAAAGGUGAAAGUAAAUUGGAACCAUUGUCAAAAUCGCAAGUGCCUUAUUUUCAGUCAUUACAACAGCAGCAUGGCCUCAUGCCCAUUCAAAGUCCGUAUUCCUCCUCUUUCCUCGAUCGGUUUCUUGUUGCAGGGCCACAGGUUCGGUUGCAGCAGCAGCAGAUUUUAUCAAUCGUGGUAAGGAGGUCAUCAGAGAACCUCAUGUUGAUGAUGCUAAUAUCGCAGAAGCUGAGGGUAAAAGGCUCGAAGUUGCUCUACACCAGAACGACGCCGUCGGCAGAGCUACAGCUUUUUCUGCUCCGCCUUCGAAUCCACUGUGUUGUAAUCCAGAUCUAUGUAAGCGGAGGCCUUGACGGAGUGUACGGACUAGAAGAAUGGAGUGACCAGGAGGCGUUCGUGGCGGAUGGUGAGGGGGUUGGCAGAGUGGAUGUCGCGAUCGCAGGCGAGGCAGAGCGCAGCAGUGUCAGCCUUGCAAGUGACGUGCGUCGGAGCCUGCUCGUAGACCUCGCAAGUGGCGACUGGCGAGGGUGA